GACCACCCCCACACUGACAGAGGAAAGGACUGUGGGAGGGGAUAGAACCAAAGCAACCAGCACAUGAACAAGUAACUUACAGUCUACACACACACACAGGGCAGAGGGAGGAUCAGAAAACACAGAUUCACACACAGGAGCAGUUUGACAAGGUACAGGAGGCUCCUUCUGACACACUCUGACAGCUGAGGAAAAGUAAACUUCAAACAUAAAGGAGGACCUGUCAAGAAGACUCAUUGGAAAAAGGACACUGUUGCUUGGAUUCACACACACAUUUCUUCUCCUUUUUUACCGUAUUCUAGGAAGACGGCUUCAUGGGUGAAAGAUGAAUCCCCGGCUGUCGGGCGACUGUUCGAGUGAUUCUUCUGCAAUGGAGGAUGUUUCCCAGCACACCCAGUGACUCCCUCCAUCGCCUCCGCCUCCUGCUGAAUGCGGAAAGUCUAGGAUGGAAGACCCACCAAGUGCUGAUUUGAGGCACCGGAAAAACGAUAUUGACCUUCAACACCAACUCCCCUCCUUCCUUGCGAGAAGAUGCACAACUAGCUGCUUUGCCGCCAUCACCAACCAGACAAGGACCACCGCCAACGGGUGACAAGACUUCCAGGAUGUUCGUGAACUUCCGCCGGAUACGAAAGUGCCAGUUUAUGCAGCUGAUGACCACCUGCCUGGUGCUGUCGGUGGUGAUGGUUUGCUGGGAGCAGCUGGACAACAGUGUGGUCAGCCACGUCAAGUCCUACUCCUACCGCUACCUGGUCAACAGCUUCACCUACAUCAACAAGAGCCUCACCAUACCCCGGGAGCAGGCUAAAAGCUUCAGCAACUUCCCCUACCUGCUGGACCACACAGAUAAAUGCGUCAGCAAGGAUGUCCUCCUGCUCCUCUUCGUCAAGACCUCCCCAGAGAACAUUGAGCGGCGGAACGCCAUCAGGUCAACCUGGGGUAAUGAGACCUACAUCCAGAACGCCCUGGGAGUGACGGUAAAGGUGGUGUUCGCCUUGGGAGCGCCUCAGGCCAGGAACAAGGUUCCCUCGUGGAGCAAGAGAUUUGGCUUUCAGGAGCAGCUCAUCAAGGAGGACGGUCUCCACGGUGAUUUGAUCCAACAGGACUUCUUAGACUCCUUCCACAACCUGACUCUGAAGCUGAUCAUGCAGUUCCACUGGGCUCAUAACCACUGCGCUCACGCCCGCUUCCUCAUGACCGCUGAUGACGACAUCUUCGUCCACAUGCCGAACCUGGUGAGCUACCUGCAGGACGUGAGCAGCAGAGGGGUCACAGACUUUUGGAUUGGUCGAGUGCACAGAGGGGCACCGCCAAUCCGCAGCAAAGACAGCAAGUACUACGUGUCGUAUGAGAUGUACCAGUGGUUGUCGUACCCCGACUACACAGCCGGGGCCGGGUAUGUCGUCUCCAGGGACGUAGCGGACAAAAUCUACCAUGCCACGCUGACCCUAAACGCCUCUCUUUACAUAGACGAUGUGUUCAUGGGCAUCUGUGCCAAUGCUGUUGGCGUGUCACCACAAGAGCACGUCUAUUUCUCAGGCGAGGGCAAAGCGCCCUAUCACAUGUGUAUCUAUAACCAGAUGAUGACCUCGCAUGGUCACGUGGAGGAUAUCUACAACCUGUGGAAGGUGGCGACGGACCCGCAGGUGAAGCAGAAGACCUCUGGACUCAUAGGGAGGCUUCACUGCGCAGCCGUGAAAAUAGCUCUCCUUUGUAAACCGUACUAUUUUAACACCUACCCGUGCAAAGCAGCCUUUUUGUAGUACUAUGUCAGGUUGCAUUUGCAGACAGAGAGGAAGUGUGUCAUAGAUCAUAAUGCAAGAAGGAUCAUGGUUGCAAAUAUUACCUCAGUCCUUCAGUCGGACACCCAUGUGAAAACACUGGAGCCUGUGUUGUGUGUUUCCCGAGUCAAAGACACCACAUGAUUCCUGUUUGUUCUUUGUUGUGUGUGAGAUCUCCAACACUUCAAUGACAACUAGUUUUAAACUUUAAUAAAACUGGCUUUGCAUUUACAGCAGAAUGAGUUCUGAAUAGUUUUUUAAAAGGUGCUGUUUACAUGUAGUCCCAACACCAUGCUCAGAAAUGGAACAAGACUAUAUUGAGUAUGAUAAGCAGAAAAUAACACAACGUUAAGUCUUGAAAUGUGGUAUGCAUAUGUUUCGGGUAAGUAUCUAACAGUACAGCUUUGCAAUGUUUUUUUAACCACAUGAAAAAUUGCACUUAUCAAUAUUCAAAGUGUGUACUUUUGAAGAAACUAAGAAAAACACAGAAACUUUUCUAAAAUAGCAUUAUGUUUAUAUUUUUUAUUUAAAAAUGGUUUUGAGUUCCAAAUACUUGAUUGUGCUCCUUCUAGGUACAACCAUUUUUUUAUCGUAUCGUUUUUAGUUAUUGGGCACAUGGGACGACUGAUUAUUCUAUUAAUUUAUUUUUCUAUUUAGGAACAAACUGUGGUCCUAAAGACACAUUUUUCAUUUAAGCCCACAAACACAACAUUUAAAAACUUGGUAUUUACCACUCAUUCAAACUCCAAUAGUAAAAUGCAGAAGCAACACAGUUUUGAUGUGUAAGUAGGUCAGUGUCAAAUCUAAAAAUGUCUCCAUGUCAUAAUGUGGGAAAUUCCUCACAGUGAAGUAGAACAGAUGAGUCACAGACAACAUUUCCUGUGCUGCAAAUAACAAUGAAAUAAAAGUGUGGACUCUUU